GCGGUGCUUUGACGUUCAUUUUCCGUAUCAUUUUGUAAGUCCGUAUGUAAAAUGCUUUUUGGAAGAAUCGAACGCUGGUCAUUUUUCAGGCUCUGGCUUCUCAUACUGUAGAUGUAGGAGAUCUUUGAGGAGGCUGGAUCCCUUUGUCUUUCGGGACCUAUUUGUAAGAUGGGAAAGGACAAAGUAGACAGAAGAGGUGUUGGUAAGGCUAGUCCCGAAAGGUAGCUAAUUCGAAAUCUUUUAAAAACAUUUUCUAUAUUAUAUAACUUAAAAAAAUUUCCUUCCUGACGAACGAGAUAGCAUUCUUCACGGGGUGCAAGGACUUCAGCGGGUGGCUAGGGAGAAUCAGACUUGUAAUUAAACAUUUGCUUUGCAUAAUUUACAAAUGAAUACAUUAUGGGCAAACAAUUAUACUCUUUGUCCUCAUUGUUUUUUGAGCAGUUCUUGUUAAGGUUUAGUAGCCAUCCUGCUGUGCUCGUCUAUUGAUAUCUCGAAGGCUGAACCGAACUGUAAAAUAAAUGAAAUUGAUGUUGCUCAUCUGGAGUCUGAAUACCAGAUCUGUUCUUGUUUCCACUGGCUCCUGGGCACAUCUCAGAGUACCGCCCUGAGUAAGUGGCCAGUUACUAUGUACUUAGGGAUUGCAAAUGAAUACAAAUAUUAGCUCAUGCUAGGAAUGAUUGAGAAGGUAAAUAUGCUGAAAAGAUAUUCCAAAACUGAAAUCGGUUAUUUUUCCAUUUUUUUCCAUUUUGGAUCAUCAGCACCUUUCUGCUGAUAAUUAUCCAUUAACAUGAAUAAUUUAGAAUCGAAUAGAUAGCCGCUAUUGACAUUACAGAUCAAGCAGGAAGGAAAGAUGCAAGGAAGAUCAUUCCCAAACUGCUACUAUUUUUUUUGUUGUUGUUGUUUUUGCCUAAUUUGACUUAUUCCUUUUAUUUAAUGCUAAAGACCCCCUUGUGGGGAAAAAAAAAAAAGUAAACUUUGCCAAAAGGGCUAUCCGUGGACUUGUAUAAGGCUGGCUGACCUGUACUGAAUGCCAACUGUUAGCUGGACUUGGUGGAGUUAUCUCAUCGAUGACUUGGAAAUUUCCCUGAACUUUUAUUUCCUUAAAUCUCUUCUUUUGGGAUCCCUACUGAAAAAGAUUUAAUUUGGAGAGUAGAAUCUGAUCUUAAAACGAUCACACACACCCUCCCGGAGUCUGUUGACUACCAAUAAUUGUUUCAAUUUGUGAAUUGGUUGGUGGCAAUGUUAGUGAUGGUGUCUGGUGAAUUCUGUUUAUUUUUGUAGUUAGCAACUUUCCCUAGUCGAACUACAUAUGUUAUUCCUUGGGGGUGGAGGUGGGGAUUGAAAGAGUUGACUAAACCCAGGAAUACGUGUAGGGCAACCCAAUGGCCCACCUCUGUUCCCAGUUCUCAGAAGGCUUUGCUUGGAAUUUUGAGAUUCAAUGUGUGUAACCAAGUGAAUUAUGAUGGAAUAAGUCAGGACUGAAAAUAAGUUUUCAGGUUGGUAUGGGGGCACUGGAUGCCACUUUAUAAAGUUUUAGAGCUCCUGAAUGUCUCAGGCACACUAGGGAUAUUGGCAGAGGACAUCAUCAGGGAGCAUCCCUCCUCACCCCGAACAUCCAUCCCAUCAAGGGAAUACUCCCGAGACCAUGUUUCAAAGUACGACUUCAGCAGCAUCUUUCCUGUGGGAGUGGCAGACCGUGGAAUCUUCUCCAUAGCCCCUGAUAAAUUCAGAGAAUUAAAAUCUGUGUAACUGGAAUGAAGUUGCAGAGGAGUUUUAUCAUGAACAAUUCAGUUGAUUUUUUAAUAUGAUAGAAGAAUGGAGUUGAUUUUUUCUUUUUUCUUUUUUUUUUUUUUAGUAAGGAAUCUUUGCCGAAUAAUGAUUGAACCCUCCCGUGGAUAAAGCAGUCUCUAAGUGACAGGCUUUGGGGAGAUGUAAAAGAUAUAAAAGAUGUAAAGACAGUGUUUUUGCCCUUGGAACGGGGUGGGUUUGGGGAAGGUGGUAUGUAGGAAAUGGGAAGGCGACUAUUACAAGCUUUGACAUUUAGGAAACAACAUAGAAACAAAACCAAAUUUAAUGCCCUACAAAUGGGCUAGAAAACUUAAAGUAACAAAGUAAGAAUCAAUGAGACGAAUUAGGGAAGAUUUCUGAAUCAGUAAAAUUUGAAAUGGAUUUGGGAGGCCAUGGAUUAGAGUCAGAGAGAGGCAUGGGCUAUAGAGUUAGAAGGAACUUGGUUCGAAUCUUGGUUAUGGUUUUUACUAUGUGACCUUGGACAAUUUUCUUCUCCAUCCUUAUCUAUAAAAUAUGUGUGAGCAUUUACUGAAUGUUAGGAGUAAAAGAAACGAUCUUCCAGGCAGAAAGUCUGGAACGUACAGUGCACACUGACGGUGUGAAUGACUAAGUUGUAUUUGUGGGGCCAGUGAGAGCGACUGGAGAGAAUGUGGCCAAGUCAUGGGUAGAGCGGGCCGAAGGGUGGAGGGCGCUCAGAGGCCAGACUGUUGGGUGUUGAUGGAAGGGUCAAUAGAGUCAUUGUAGGCCCUCGAACAAAGGAUGGAUUUCAUAAGAAGUAUUGAGCCCUCUGGUCCAGGAACUCGGGGACAGGGAGUCAGGCAGGCACCAGUACAUUGUGACUCUUCCGCAUCUCUUCUGGACCAUCCUGGCCUAAAGGGAUCAGCCAACAGCCAUUAGAUUCCUUGUAGAAGUUUUUGUGUUCACACGCCUCACUCAGUAUGCUGAGCUCUGCUUGUACCUGUCCCACAUUGUAUCGACCUGUGGGGGAGUCGCGAGGCUAUGGCUGGAUUCUCAACAGCUUCUGGUAAGGACAGUAUCGUGUUUUAAGUGCAUUUAACUUUAAGUUAUCUCUGCUGUCGUAGGGAGCACCAGUAUAGGUAAUUCAGAACUUAAGAGAAAUUUCUUGGUUUGAAAAUGCAUUAUUUUUUAAACCAGAUUUGUUUUUGUGUUUUGGGGAUCAUACGGACAUUUAAAUGAAGUUGGAUUUCUAAGCCUGUAUUAUCUGAUAGUGAAGAGCACACGGAUGGCGAAAAACAGUCAUCUGGGAUUAAAGAUUUUGUCUCAGAAGUCCGUAAAAUUAAGGUGGCUUUUUCAAGACCUGGGCUUUGUAGAGGCUCUUCCAGAUGUCAGCUCCACUAACAAUCAGUCAAGAGUUUUCCUCCUGAAGUAAACUUGUUUGAAAAUAUGGCCACUAAAAAAAAUAAAGGAAUGGGGAGAAGUGUCCACAUUUAAGAAUAAACGAACAAAAUCACACAGUUGUUCUUUCAACCUUGUUCUUUCAAUUACUAGCCUUCCUGCUUUCCUUCAUUCCUGCCUACCCCCCCUCCACUACCUUCAUCAUCAUUACCAAACUAUGUGCUUGUGAUGUCAAGAGCACAGGAUUGUUAUUUACCUCUUGAGUCAGGAGAUCGUAGUAUCUGUGAGCUGGAAAUCAGAGGUGGAAAACGCAGGAAUCUUAAUUUAUACAGUAUAGUUCAGGAUUAUUUUCAACUGUUUUUUAGGAUUAUGUCUUAUCCCUUUAUUUUCUCUAAGAAACAGUUUUGGGUAGGAGACAUUACUUAAACUGUUAUUUUUAGUGACCUGCUCUGAGUUUAGUUCUGUGCAGGGUGCUCUGGAGGAUUAGAUAAAAUGACGAUUUUAUGCCCUUGAAGAGUUUACAGUCCAGCUGGGAAUAAGACAGAUUAGAAGGAAUGAAUACCUAUUGAGCCUCUAUUAUGCCAAACAAGUAAAAUUUUAUAAUGUGAAAGUAUAUUAUCGAUUGCAUAGUACAGACCUUAUACUUUAGGUAUUUUGGGAGAAGAGAACUCAGGUAGUUAUGAAUGAUGUCACAGAGGAAAUGUAACUCAUUCCAGAUUUUAAAAAAUAAAUAAUAUUGCAUUAGGUACAAGAGAUGAAGAAAAUAACAGAAAAAAGACAUUUCAUUUUGGAUCUGAGAGCGAUCCAGCAAAAGCCUGGACUAGGAAUGUACUGGGGAUGUUCUCGGGGCAGCGGGGAGGGUGACCCAAGUGGCCAUGAAUUGUAGUUUGGUUUGGAGCUAUGUCUGUAGGGGGGUCUUAAACGCUAGGUUUAUAUGUUUGGAUUUUAAAUGACAGAAAAUUGCGAACCACGGAAUUCUUGAUUAGAUUAAUAAUAUGGUGAUAGUCAUCCUUAUGGGAAGAACAGAAACAAGGUUGGCUUAGAAGGAGGGGAGGUUGGCAUCUGGGGUGUGGAGAGUGGAGUAAGGAGAAGGAAGAGUGAAAAAGAGAUUACGGAAGAAUCGAAAUCACUGAGCCCUGGAUGUGGUGGAUGAAGGAGUGAUUAAUCAGGGAUGACUAUGACGUUUUAAACCUGAGUUCCUGGGACGUUGCCUGAGAUAAAGUUGGGAAGUUUCCGUCAUUUUUUAGGGGCAUAUGUUGAGUUCAGUCUGAGAUGUGUUGGAUUUAAAGUGACAAGGCAGUGUCUAUUUGAGAGCUGUUCCAGUCGUUAGGUGUGAGCCCGACGCUGACCUGGAGGUGGGCGUACCGCUUAGGCAGGUGCUCGGCGCAGAAGUGGUAGCUGUAGCCAAGAGAUCGAAUAAGGUCUCGCAAGACUGAAGGUUAUGGGAAGAACAGAAGGCCGAGGACGGUACUGAUGGCCACUCACUGUUUUCGCUCUUCAGGCCAUCAUAACUGAUUCUUCCUUCUCCUCUCCUGUUUUCUGUUCCUCCACUCCCUGCUCCAUCAAAUAUCUCUUGAAUGUGUCAUCUGGUAAGCAUUGUCUUAGGCUCUGAGGAAGCACAUGAUCCAGGCAGGGUCCCUGCUUACAGGAACUGAUGGGUCUGGUGGGAGGAGACGGAUGUGUCAUCUGGGUGGCGUGAAGCGUGGUAGAUGCUGCGACAGAAGUAUGUAGCGAGGGAAAGGGGGGGCCUCCGGGUCAGCUCUGCCUUGGGCAUGCAGAGAUUGGAAAGCGCCUCCCAGAGGAUAUGGCACUGGAGCUGAGUCUUGCAAGAAGAGUUCAAGGCGUACCCCACAAAUGACGGGGAGAAGUACGCGCCAGGCCGAGAAAGCGGCGUGAACAAAAACUUAAUGGAAGGAAACAGCCCGACUUCUUCAGGUGAAAAUGAGGCCCAGAAAAUUUAAAGGACUCGUCCAAGAUACCAGUUACCAUCAACAAUGAACAUUUUAUUGAUACCUGCCUUCUGAAAAGUUAGGCCUCAGGUAUAGAAAGAGUUAAAUUUAUCAAGAAUGUAAUAAUUAGCAGUGAAGAGCACCCACUAAAAGGGAGAAGGAAAAGCAGAGACCUGUCACCCUGAGAACCUGGCCUGGUGCUAUGUCAUCGUGAACGGCUGCCUGUACAACUUUGAUGCCCUCUAUGGUGGCAGGAACGUAUAACAGGAUUUGUCAUGUGUUUGACCUUAGAGGCUUAUAGUGCAUUCUGCCGGGAGCAUCUGUCUGCGUAGGAAACAGCUCAUCUCGGUUUGCUGGUGGAGACCCCGAAUUUUGACCUAUGUCCUCCCUACAUCAGCUGCCUGAGAGUCCGUAGUGAUCACAUGACCCCGGACAUGGAUGCUGUCCUGUCUGAUUUUGUCCGUUCCACGGGAGCAGAGCCAGGGCUGGCCCGAGAUCUCCUGGAAGGGAAGAACUGGGACGUGAGUGCUGCCCUCAGUGAUUUUGAACAGCUACGUCAGGUCCAUGCUGGGAACCUGCCGUCCCCCUUUAGUGAAGGGAGUGGUGGCUCCAGGACCCCCGAGAAAGGGUUUUCCGAUAGAGAGUCUGCUCGCCCUCCCCGGCCCACCCUGCAGCGGCAGGAUGACAUCGUUCAAGAAAAACGCCUGUCUAGGGGCAUCUCCCACGCCAGCUCCAGCAUUGUUUCCCUGGCCCGGUCCCAUGUCUCCUCCAAUGGUGGGGGUGGGGGGAGCAGUGAGCACCCCCUGGAAAUGCCCGUCUGUGCCUUCCAGCUUCCAGACCUCACCGUGUACAGUGAAGACUUCCGCAGCUUCAUAGAGCGAGACCUCAUCGAGCAGUCUAUGCUGGUUGCCUUGGAGCAGGCAGGGCGGUUGAACUGGUGGGUGAGCGUGGACCCCACCUGUCAGAGGCUGCUUCCUUUGGCAACUACUGGAGAUGGAAACUGCCUCUUGCACGCAGCGUCUCUCGGGAUGUGGGGCUUCCACGAUCGGGACUUGAUGCUGCGGAAAGCCCUGUAUGCACUGAUGGAGAAGGGAGCCGAGAAGGAAGCGCUGCGCCGGCGCUGGAGGUGGCAGCAAACACAGCAGAAUAAGGAGUCGGGGCUGGUGUACACAGAGGACGAAUGGCAGAAGGAAUGGAACGAGUUAAUCAAGCUUGCCUCCAGUGAACCACGCAUGCACCUAGGUGCCAAUGGAGCCAACUGUGGUGGGGUGGAGAGUUCAGAGGAGCCUGUCUAUGAGAGUCUGGAAGAGUUCCAUGUCUUCGUCCUCGCCCACGUGCUCAGGAGGCCGAUAGUGGUUGUGGCGGACACCAUGCUGAGGGACUCCGGGGGAGAAGCAUUCGCCCCGAUUCCCUUUGGGGGAAUCUAUCUGCCCCUGGAGGUCCCAGCCAGCCAGUGUCACCGCUCGCCGCUGGUGCUCGCCUAUGACCAGGCCCACUUCUCUGCGCUCGUGUCCAUGGAGCAGAAGGAGAGCGCCAAGGAACAAGCUGUGAUCCCACUUACAGAUUCAGAGCAUAAGCUGCUGCCCUUGCAUUUUGCUGUGGACCCUGGAAAGGGCUGGGAGUGGGGCAGAGACGACAACGACAACGUCCGACUGGCCAGUGUCAUCCUGUCCCUAGAGGUCAAACUGCAUCUGCUUCAUAGCUACAUGAAUGUGAAGUGGGUCCCCGUGUCCUCAGAUGCACAGGCUCCCCUGGCCCAGCCCGAGUCUCCCACGGCUUCCGCUGGAGAUGAGGCCCGGUCCACUCCCGAGUCCGGGGAAUCAGACAAGGAGUCGGUGGGCAGCAGUUCUGCCAGCAAUGAGGGCGGCAGGCGGAAGGAGAAGUCCAAACGGGACCGGGAGAAGGACAAGAAGAGGGCGGACUCCGUGGCCAACAAACUGGGCAGCUUCGGCAAAACCUUGGGCAGCAAGCUGAAGAAGAACAUGGGAGGCCUGAUGCACAGCAAGGGCUCCAGGCCCGGCGGAGUGGGAACGGGGUCGGGGACGAGCAGUGGCGCGGAGACGCUGGAGAAGAGGAAGAAGAGCUCGCUGAAGAGCUGGAAGGGUGGCAAGGAGGAGGCGGCCGGGGACGGGCCCGUGUCCGAGAAGCCCUCCGCCGAGUCUGUGGGGAACGGAGGGAGCAAGUACAGCCAGGAGGUGAUGCAAAGCCUGAGCAUCAUGAGGACUGCCAUGCAGGGGGAGGGGAAGUUCAUCUUUGUCGGAACCCUGAAGAUGGGUCACCGCCAGCAGUAUCAGGAGGAGAUGAUCCAGCGCUACCUUUCUGACGCCGAGGAGAGAUUCCUGGCCGAGCAGAAGCAGAAGGAGGCCGAGAGGAAGAUCAUGAAUGGAGGGGUAGGGAGCGGGCCGCCUCCGGCCAAGAAGCCGGAGCCGGAUGGCGGGGAGGAGCCGCUGACGGCCCCCCUGGUGGAGUCCAAGGCCUUGGCGUACUCUGCCGGUUACCCCGGGGGCUUUACCAUCCCUCGGCCCUCUGGGGGCGGCGUUCACUGCCAGGAGCCCCGCAGGCAGUUGGCAGGCGGUCCGUGUGGGGGGGGCCUGCCACCCUAUGCCACCUUCCCCAGACAGUGCCCGCCUGGGCGGCCCUCCCCGCAUCAGGACAGCAGCCCUGCCCCGGAGCUGGGCAGUCACCCCAGGGACGGGGUCCACCGGGGCUCGUUGCUACCACCCGCCUUCCGCGUGGCCGAGCCCUACAGCAACGGCUACCGAGAGCCCCCAGAGCCAGACGGCUGGGCGGGAGGGCCCAGGGGGCUCCCCCCAACCCAGACCAAAUGCAAACAACCGAACUGCAGCUUCUACGGACACCCCGAGACCAGCAACUUCUGCUCCUGCUGUUACCGGGAGGAACUGAGGAGGAGGGAGCGGGAGCCGGGUGGGGAGCUGCUGGUGCACAGGUUCUGAGGGGGCCUCGAGGGCAGGGGGCUCAACAAAGAAAGUCAGCUCGACUCAUUGGCUCGUCAAGACCCAGCCCCCAUGUUGACGGGGCAAAUGCAGUGACGUUUGUGGGAACCUGGCUGGAAACUUUGAAGGUGUGUGUGCUGGGGAGCUGCCAGGCUGGAGGGACCAGGUCAGGGCCUGCGACGGUGCCUCGAGGGCCCGGCGCCUCCUUCGCAGAUCUCGACUUGAUGGGACUGAGGAGGUGUAGAGGGGAAAGGUGGCGAUUCUGUCUCAUGAGCCCCUGGGUCCAUCCUGGGGCCUGUGGGAAGGUGGGGAAGGUUUGGGGCGGGGGGUGGGCAGAAGUCUGGGGGAGAAACAGGAAAAGCUGGUUCUCAGUCAAUAAAAGAAAAAAACAGACCAAAGUUCCUUUAGGUCGGUAAAAGCACACGGUGGACUGAGUUGGGAAUGUGGAGGGAAACAGGGAGAUGAGACAAACUUGCUAUCGAUUUUAAUUGUAGAAAUGAGGGUUGGAUAAAUUCUUCCUCCUGAAGGAUCUGGAAAGACAGGGCAGUAAUGCGCGCCCGUGGGUGCCCGUGAGGAGGGGUCGAGUGAAUUGAUGUUUGGAGAUGGGAUGGGGAAGAACUUGAAAGUCGAGUUUUAUUCCCUCUGAACACCACCUGCCAUCUCUUCUCCUUCGAGAGGAGGUUGCCGGUAGCCCCGCCCCUCCGUUCCUCAUCCUUUUUGAGGGCUGAGCUCAGCUAAAUUAAGAAGGUUGUGAUUUUUUUUUAAAGACUUUUUAUUUUUUAAAAAAGUUCCCUUUGGGGACGGGAAGAGUGAGGGGAAGAGCAGCUGUGUGUGUUGACUCUUCUCCAGGUGAAUUGGUGCAGAGGUGACCUUUUUUUAACUACUUAGCAAUAACCACAUUAUGGGGUUUGCGUGCGCCUUGCGGUGGCCGGGGGUGGGGGGUUGGGGGGGACAGA